UCGCUCAAAUGAAAGGAGGAUUAAAUCACCGCAGUUCGGUUUGUUGCUGAGCUCAACUUUUGGAAGCGCAGCUUGACUUUUACUUUUGCUUUAAGGCGUUAAAAGUUGGCUUUGACUGUGCGGAGCGGCGCCAUCAGCCGGAAACGGUCGACGCGUGCGUUAGUUUGAUUGUUUGCUUUUGUCUGCGUGAUUGUGGAUCUGCGGAGGAUCGUUUGGAGGAGCUGCAGCCCGAUGCAGCCAGGUGAUGGAUGUGAGCGGGGUUCCAGGUCGAAGCUCCAGAAGAAGACGUCCUCGUUCUCUCUUCUCUCUCCUAAUGGCUGGUCCCUCAGAGGGAAGAAGCGGAAGCAGGCCAGCAGGGAUGCAGACUCCCUCAGCCUCUGCAGCCUGGACAUCAACGAGCCCAGCACCAAGCGCAGCAGAGCCGCGUCCCGGGUGGCGCCGCUGGCCGGUCUGCUGCCGCCCGUCAGAACCGCGCCGCUGAAGCGGAUCGGACUGACGCUGCAGCGCUCCAUCAGCUUCCGGAGCGACAGAGAGCCACCGCCCCCCUCCUCUUCCUCCUCUUCCUCCUCCUCCUCCUCCUCCGUGGUGAGGACCCGCGUGGUCUCCAGCCCCUCCUCCUCCGCGGCGGCGCCGGCCGCCAAACGCCGCGACAGCAAACUGUGGAGCGAGACGUUCGACGUGCGACUGGGAGCCGGGACGCGAACGCUGAGCCCCAAAGAGAUAAAGCGACAGGAGGUCAUAUUCGAGCUGGCUCAGGGGGAGCGAGACCUGGUGGAGGACCUGACUCUGGCCCAGAAGGCCUACCGCGACCCCAUGCUGAAGCUGUCCAUCAUGACCGAGCAGGAGCUGAACCGCAUCUUCGGAACCCUGGACUCGCUGAUACCGCUGCAUGAAGACCUGCUGAGGCGCCUGCGUGACGCCAGGAGGCCCGACGGCGCCACCGACCACGUGGGUCACAUCCUGACGGACUGGCUGCCCUGCCUGUCCUCCUACACGCCGUACUGCAGCAACCAGGUGAAGGCCAAAGCCCUGCUGGACCAGAAGAAGCAGGACCGGCGCGUGCAGGACUUCCUGCAGCGCUGCCUGCAGUCGCCCUUCAGCCGGAAGCUGGACCUGUGGAACUUCCUGGACGUCCCGCGGAGCCGCCUGGUGAAGUACCCGCUGCUGCUGAGGGAGAUCCUGAAGCACACGCCCAACGGCCACCCAGACCUGCAGCAGCUGGAGGCGGCGAUGCUGAUGGUUCAGAGCCUGGUGGCAGAGAUCAACAGGCAGACGGGCGAGUCGGAGUGUCAGUUCUACAAGGAGCGCCUGCUGUUCUCGGAGGAGGGUCGCAGGAGCGAGCUCAUCGACCGCUCCAGAACUCUGAGCUGCCACGGAGAACUCAGGAGCAACAGGGGCCUCAAGCUCCACGUGUUCCUGUUCCAGGACGUUCUGGUCAUCACCCGGUCCGGCGCGCUGAACGAGCAGCCCGUCUACCAGCUGUGCCGCCAGCCCGUCCCGCUCCGGCAUCUGGACCUGGAGGACCUGGAGGACGGAGCGGUGCGCGUGGGCGGCUCCAUCCGCGGCGCCUUCAGCAGCAGCGAGCGCGCGAAGAACUUUUUCCGGGUCUCCUACCGCAGCGGAGCUCAGCUGCAGAACCACUACUUCCAGGCCAGUGACGCCUUCAACAAGCAGCAGUGGAUCAACUGCAUCCGACAAGCCAAGGAGGCGGCGCUGAGCGGAGGCGAGGCCUCCAGUCUGCAAAGGGAUUCACAGAAGGGUCCAUGGGCAGAGGCGGAGACAGGGCCCGGUUCAGAAGGGAAGGAGGGGGUCCGUGUCCGGGCUCUGGACCUGGAGCUAGAGGGAGAAACAAGGAGGAAUGGAGGCGUGGAGGCGGCCGAUCCAGCACGAGGUGCCGGUAAAAUCGGGGCAGAACCAGGAGUCGAGGCAGGUGGAGGAGCAGGUGGAGGAGGAGCAGGAAGUGGAGCAGAUGGAGGAGCAGGUGGAGCAGGUGGAGGAGGAUCAGAUGGAGAAGAAGCAGGUGCAGGAGCAGGAGCAGGUGGAGGUGGAGCAGAUAGAGGAGCAGAUAGAGGGGAAGGUGGAGGAGCAGGUGGAGCCGUGACUCCCAGAGGAGGUGCAAAUACAGUUCCCACCCUCCUCAUUAGCUCAGCGUCUCCCACUCAGGAGGAGGCGCAGAAGCAGGAGGAGGCGAUGGAGCAGGAGCUCAAGGAGGAGGAGCAGCUCAACAUGGACACGAGUGAGGAGCUGAGCCUCCGGUGCUGAUCCAGAGAGCGGGAGGACGGAGGAGGAUGCACUGAAGAACUGACACUGAAACCAGUUGAACCGAUGAUGUCACUGACAAACAACGUCUGUGAUGAGACGUGGACUCAUUCUGUGUUUGAAGUCAAACACUGUCCUGACUGAUGUUACUCAGAUAUUUACAGAUUCAGUUCUUUUAGACUUCAUGUAAUCAGACCUCAACCCUUCAGGGUCUCGCUCCCUCAGACCAGACUACACAUUUUUACCGUUCAGCCUGAUUUCACAUCCUCCUCCCUGAUGACGCGUCGCCUGUGAGUGACGUUCAUCCUGACAUGAGGCUGUGGGAGCCUCAGUCCUGGAGCUCUGACCUGUGCUGGUGCUACGAGGCGCUGUCACGUCAACAUGCACACAUGCAGCUUCACACCCAUGGGAAAAAUG